AUGUCGCGAGAAUUGGAUACAUAUGUCGCCCCUAAGCCGGAACCGCCUCAGCCAGGCCACCCGGCCUUGUCAACACAACUACUCUACCAGGGUCUGCGCUUCGAUGUCUUGCGGCUCCUUCUCCCAUUCGUCUCCCACCUCUUCUUCCGCUUCAUGCUCUUCGUGAUGCUCUACGUCUUUUCUGUGCCGCAUCUACUCAAAGAUGCCGACUGUAUUCGCCUCGUUAAACUCAUCCCUGUCUAUUGGGUUCUCAACAUUCUGGUCAGACAGUCGAUGCGGAUGGUUGUGCUGGUCAGUUACAGCUCGCGUGUAUUGGGGAUUACACUUUUGCUCGGACUGGUUAUUGGUGGUCUGGGGUUCGGGUGGAAUUUCAUCCUCAGGAAGAGGCUGCAUUUGAGAUUUACUUGGCCCCAGUGGAUCGCUAUGUUUGGGAUGGCUUGGCUGCUUGUUGGUGUUGAUCUGGGCGGUGGAGCCGGCGGUGGAGGUGAUCCUGGGUUUGGGUUUAUGAUGCUAGGUGCCAUUCUGAGACCGUAUGGAGGAUGA